UUAUCACCAUCACCACCAUCAUCACCAUCAUCACCGUUAUCACCAUUACCAUCACCGUCACCACCAUCACUACUCUCAUAAUCGCCAUCACCACCAUCAUGACUAUCAUCACCAUCAUCACCACUGCCACCACCACCACCACUGUCAUCACCACCAUUAUCGCUAUUAUCACCACCGUUACCACCACCACUGCCAUCACCACCAUCAUUACUAUCAUCACCACCACCACCAUCAUCGCCAUUAUCACCAUUACCAUCACCAUCACCACCAUCACUACUAUCAUAAUCAGUAUCACCGCCAUCACUGCCAUUAUCACCAUUGCCACCACUAUCACUGCCAUCAUUACUAUCACCAUCAUCACCACCACCACCAUCACUGACAUCAUUACUAUCAUCACCAUCAUCACCACCACCACCAUCACUGACAUAAUCACCAUUACUACCACCACCACCACCACCACCACCAUCACCAUCACCACCGCUAUCAUUGUCAUCAUCAUCAUCAUCACUGCCACCACAACUAACAUCAUCACCACCAUCACCACCACCACCACUGUCAUCAACACCAUUAUCACUAUUAUCACCACCGUUACCACCACCACUGCUGUCACCACCAUCAUUACUAUCAUCAUCACCAUCACCACCAUCAUCACCAUCACUGCCAUUAUCACCAUUACCAUUGCCAUCACCACCAUCACUACUCUCAUAAUCGCCAUCACUGCCAUCAUCACCAUUGCCACCACUAUCACCGCCAUCACCACCAUCAUUACUAUCAUAAUCACCAUCACUGCCAUUACUGCCAUCGUUAUCACCAUUGCCACCACUAUCACCACCAUCAUGACUAUCAUCACCAUCACCACCACCACCACCAUCACUGACAUAUAAUCACCAUUACCACCACCACCAUUAUCACUAUCAUCAUCAUCUCCAUCAUUACCACCACCAUCAUCACCACCAUCACCACCACUACCACUACCACCAUGGCCAUCACCAUCACCACUUCCUGAGUGCUUACCAUGGGCCAAGCAUUGUGCUGGGUAUGUGAUAUCUAUCACCCACGUGAUUUUUACAAUCAUCCAUUGGGGAUAUGGAUACUCUUCUCCCCAUUUCAGAGGUGAAACAUCUGAGGCACAGAGAAACUAUUUGCCUUGGGUCCCACAGCUAGUGGUGGCAGAUCUGAUUCCAAUUCAAGUCUGCCUGACACUCAAGCCUGUGUUCUGACUGCCCUGCCUUGUGGACCCUCCUUGUUCCCCUCAGGCUGGUUUCCUUUGCUUUUUGUGACUGUACAUUUUAGCUGUUCAUGAGGCUGAGUUCUGUCCGUUGAUGUUCUAUGGUUUGGAGAAGUCUUUAGCUUCUCUAAGCCCGGGUUUCCUAUUCCAUAAAAGAGGGAGAGGAAAACCCACCUCAUGGUGGUGUCUGAGGAUUAAAAAAGUUAUGCUCAUCAGAACCUAACACAGUGCCUGGCGUAGAAUUAAUACUUAAAUAUUGGUUUUAGAAUUAUAAUGAUUGUAUAUUACAUCAAAAUUACUAUCCACUCUGUAAUUUUUUCCAUAAAUGUAUAUUGGAAACCUUCCAUGUGUGAGACCCUGUGUUAGGUGCUAGACAUCCAGAACUGAGCAGGACGUGGUCCCCACCUCCUAGGAGCCCAGCCUGCUGGGGAAGACAAAGUGGAAACAGCACAGCACAAUGAAGUCAGGCUCACAGCGGGGUGUGAAGCACUCAUGAAGAAAGGGCCGGCAGGGCCAGGUGAGGGGUGACUGUGAGUGUGGAUGGAGAGGAUGCACAUCCUUAAAUGCACAGCCAAUAAAAAUGAGAGAUCAAAAGUAACUCAGUUAAGCUUAUAAUUCAAAAAAGUUAGAAAAAGGACAAAAAAUAAUACCCUGAAGAAAAGUAGGAGGAAGCCAUUAAUGAACUAAUAGAAUAAUAAUGGGCCACAAAAUAGAAAAAUGGGAUUAGUAAAUAAAAGCUGUUUUCUGGAAAAAGUUAGAUGAACCACUAACAAACAUAGUCAAGGUUAGAAAUCAAGAAAGCAGCCAGGCACAGUGGCUCAUGCCUGUAAUCCCAGCAUUUUGGGAGGCCCAGGCGGGUGGAUUGCCUGAGGUCAGGAAUUCGAGACCAGCCUGGCCAACGUGGUGAAACCCUGUCUCUACUAAAAAUACAAAAAUUAGCCAGAUUGGUGGAGGGUGCCUGUAAUCCCAGCUACUUGGGAGGCUGAGGCAGUAGAAUUGCUUGCACCCAGGAGGUGGAGGUUGCAGUGAGCUGAGGUCGCACCACCGCACUGCACUCCAGCCUGGGCAACAGAGAGAGAGGGGGACUCUGUCUCAAAAAAAAAAAAAAAAACACAACCACAAAACAAACAACAACAACAGCAAAAAACGAACAAACAGCAACAACAAAAAACCCAAGAAAGCCCAAGGAACACAUAACGAGAAAUAACAAGGGAGAAAUAUAAUUUACCAAACUGAUCAAUUUCUAUGGAAGAUAGAAAGUUUCUAAGCUACUCCCACACAAAGCUUGUGGUCUGGAUGGUUCCACAGGGGAAUUUGAACAAACCCUUUAAAGAGCAGGUGCUUCCAAUGCUAAUUAAAGUGUUCCACAGCAAAGAUAAAGAAGAAAAAGUCUAAGUAAUUUUCCUAAAGUGAGAAUAAAAUUUUUUUAAUCUGACAAAUAUUGUACAAAAAUAAAACUACAGACCAGUCUCACUUACAAAUAUCAAUGCAAAAAUUUAAAUAACAGAUUACCAAAUAGGAUCCAAGCAUCAUCUUAAAAUAAUAAUACCCUGUGUUUACUUGGAGUUUAUUCUAGCAAUGCAAGAAUGGUUUAAUAGGAAUAAAUCUAUUUAUAUAAUGCAUCAUAUUAAUAAAUAUAAAGAGAAUUAACACAUGAUUUUUUUUAAUACUGAAAAAGCACUUAACAAAAUUCAGCAUCCAUUCUUGAUAAACAUUCAGCAAAACAGAAAUUGAUACAUUCUUAACGUGACUGUAAUCAUAUUCAAAACUCUUUUUUUCUUAAUGUGGAAACACUGAAGUUAAGAAAAAAGCAAGGAUGCCUACUCUUGCUACUACUAUUUCAUAUUGUAGCAGAAGCAUUAGCCAAUGCAAUCAGACAAGAAAAGAAGUGAGAAGAAUAAAUACUGGAAAGGAGGGGCUAAAAGUAUUACCCUUUUUUAGAUGAUAUAAUUGUAUACUUGGAAAAUCCUAGAGAAUCCAUGAAAAAGUACUACAACCAACAAGAUAAUCCUAUGUAUGCAUGUAUGCAUGUCCAUGUGUAUGUAUGUAUUUAUCUUACAACAGUAAUAUAAUGGGAGAAAAGGCCCCUAUUUAUGAUAACAACAAAAAUAAAAUAGGAAUAAACUUAACGAGAAAUGUGCAAAAUGCAUGUGCAAAAAACUUAACACUCCUGAAGAACAUUUUUUGCACCUCGAUAAACUCCAAAUGGAGCCAAGACUUAAAGUCAGCAAAUAUCUCUUGAAUUAUAAUAAUUCAAAAAACUUGAGCGCUUUCCAUACACCAGGCCCUGUUCAGGCCCUGGUGAUACAACAGUGAACAGAAGAGAUAGAAAUUCUUUCCCCCUUGGAGCUUGCAUUGUAGGUGGGAAACGAAUAAGAAAAUCGUAUUGUAACUUAGAUAAUGAUAUUCUUAUGGCAAAAUAUGCUGCUGGGAGAAGAGUCAGGGUGAGGUUGCAAUGUGAAGAGCAGGGGCCAUGAAAGGCUUUGCUGAGGUGUGAUGUUUAAGCCAUUAUUUUAAGUCAUUUAUUGUUUAACUUUUCAUGUGUUUAUUUUGCAACCUAAACUAGCUCAGAAGCUCCCUGCAUUUUCCAUAGCAUACAGGCCUAUAGUAAGGUUUCAAUACAUUAAUUUUUUUAAAUUAUCAAAUUUUGAAGAUUUGAAUUUUUCUUUUACUGUGCCAGAUUCUCUGUAUUUAAUCUUGGUCUUCUAGGGUCUUUCCAUUCUGCUGCCCACAAAACCUUGCUUUUCUGGAAUGGAAAGCCUCCAAAGCUCUCAUUAUUCAACAUGUGGUCCUUGGACCAACAUCAGCAUCAUGUAAGGACUUAUUAGAAAUACAAAUAUUUGAAUCCCACCCUACGCCUACUGAAUUUUAGGAUCUGCAUUUUAAACAAGAUCUUUGGGUGCUUUGUAGGCAUAUUGUAUUAGUCCAUUUGCAUUGCUCUAAAGGAAUACCCGAGGCUGAGUAAUUUAUAAAGAACAGAGGUUUAUUUGGCUCAUGGUUCUGCAGGCUGUACAUGAAGCAUAGUGUUGGCAUCUGUUUCUAGUGAGGGCUGCAAGAAGCUUACAAUCACAGUGGAAGGUGAAGGGGAGCCAGAGUAUCACAUGGUGAGAGAGGAAACAAGACCGUGAGGAGAAAGUUCCAGGCUCUUUUAAACAACCAUAUCUCAUGUGAACUCACAGAGCAAGAACUCACUCAUUACCAGGAGGUUGUCACCAAGCCAUUCAUGAGGGAUCUGCCCCCAUGACCCAAAUGGAGGAUGGCACCAAGACGUUCAUGAGGGAUCCACCUACCUAUCUAUCCAUCUUCCAUCUGCCCAUCCAUCCAUCCCCACCCACCCACCCACCCACCCAUCCAUCCAUCGACCCGUCUUUUCAGCGAUCUACCCAUUCAACCGGGCAUCCAUCCACCCACCCAUCUAUCCACCCAUCCAUCCACUCAUUCCACCAGGCCCCACCUCCAACAUUGGGGAUUGCAUUUCAACAUGAGAUUUGGAGGGGACAAAUAUCCAAAUUAUACUACAUGUUAAAGUUGAAAAGCAUUUUCCUAGCCCCUGGAUUUGCAAGUUCCCUUCUUGUUCAGCAGAAACCAGGGGCUGGGGGAGAGGGGAAUCACCCUGCUCAUGUUGGUAUCAGCUUCUCACAGAGUCAUCUCUUCUAACUGCCUUUGCAUAGCCUGGAUUCCCAAGGGCCUCCUAGGAAGUACCAGCAAGGUGUGCUGAAAAACUCUAGAACUGUUCUGUCCAAUGCAGCAACUACUAGUUGCAUGUGACUAUUUAAAUACAAUUUCAUUUGUUCAGAUAUACUAGCCACAUUUCAAGUGUUCGAUAGCCACAUGGGGCUACUGGCUGCCAUAUUGGAUAGUACAGGUAUAGAGCAUUCUUGUCCUCACAGAAAGUUCUAUUGGAUAGCACUGAUGUAGACUAUACCAGGCCCUAGAUUUUGAUAAUUUUUGAAUUGCAAAGUCAAAUUAUUUCUGCCCAUUUGCUUCCAUUUAUUUCAACAGAGUAUCAUCCAGCUGUCUGUCCAUGUAUCAACCCACUGACUGACCAUCUAUCCAUCCACCCACCCAUGCAUUCAUCCACACAUCCACCUAUCCAGUUAUCCAUUCUUUCAUCCACUCAUCCAUCUACCCAUCCACCUACCUAUCCAUCCGUCUUUUCAUCCAUCUAUCUAUUCAUCCAUCUGCCCACCCAUCCAUCCAUCUGCCCACCCAUCUAUCCACCCAUCAUCCAUCCACUCAUCCAUCUAUUCAUCCACUUAGUCAUUUUGUCGUUCUGUAAAUGAUUAUAGCAUGUAGUGGUACUUUGAUAAAUACUUAUUAAAUUAACUAUAGAAUGGUCUACGUGUCCUCCAUCCCAAGCUUGGGUACUAGACGCAUGUGUGUGAUGUACUUCCUUACCGUGAGCUUGUGGAUCUGCAUCUGGACUUUUCUCCCUGAUGUCCGGGCCUUCCUUGCAUCGUAAUCUCUCAAUUCCAUGAUUUCUCCUGUCUGAGCUGGUUAAUAAACUGGCUCCCAUGGAAGAGGUCUGGCUUCAUGGAGCUGCCCCUUAUACAUCAAAGCUACAUCAGCUUUUAGGGUGAUGCCCCUGGGAGCUGGGAUGCCCUCGGGCCCUCUUGUUUCCCUGGGCUCAGUGCUCUUUUUCCCCAAGUCCCUGUGUUCCUGCCUGACCUCUCCUAUUUGUGUUCAGGUUCAUAGGGCUGACCAGGCCCUGGCUGGGGAAGUUUUCCCGGUGUAGACCUCAGAAAAUAGAGGAAGAUGGUCCUAAUAGGAAGCAAUUGACUCGGGGAUGCGUGAGAGCUCUGGAUGGUGCCUGGCACAGCCGGUCAGCAUGCCCACAUCCUGCCCUGCAAGUUAGCUAUCCACAGUUUUUUUGGUGUGUGUGGUCUUCCCAGAACAUGAAAGUUCUUUAGGUAAACUGCUUCAUCCAUCAUGUCACUAAAGCCUGGAGUUUUCUCACUUUUUAUGACGAUUCAACGCUCCCUGAUCUAAUGUUAGCUCUGACCAGGCUGGGCCUGUGCCCACAGCAGCUGAGCCCUCCCCAUUGUGAUAUUUGGCCCCAUGGUGAUGGUCAGAUUCCUUUCCCAGAGGGACAGGGCAUGAAGCUCACACUGGGGAGCAGCACCUGCUGUGCCUUCCUUUGUCUCCCUUCCCAGGGCUCCUUCCCCAGUGCCCACAGGAAGGCCUCAGGCCUGCCCCACCGAGGGCCCCCAUCAUCCUGGGUGUCCCCAGAGCCCCACUUCAGGUGGGAGGCUGGAAUCACCACCCCAUUUUGACACAGAACAAAUCAUUGUUAUGAUCCUUAAAGAUGUUUUUGGUUCUCUAACCCUGGUAUCAGAUUCACUUGCUCUCGCCUCUCUGCAGAAACAUUAGCUUUGCCGCCUCAAAGCUGCAGUUGGCUCUAAUUACUAUGGAGCUGCAUCCCUCUCCCUGUCUCUAGUGGAAAAAGGGAGGCCAUCUGCUCAUUCCUGGGGUUGUGCUGGACGGAUGAGCCCCGGAGGAGUGGGCUGGGACCAGCCAGGGGGCGGAGCUUCUCUGCUGUAGGCUCCUACCUGCGGGGCUGAGCCCCGCCAACCUCCCUUAGGACUUUAAAGUAAGGCCAGCUUGUGCCUGGCAGAACCCAGAGAGACUCAUGAAAAUCCCGAGGCUGUGUGGCUGUCACUUGCUGGCAAGGCUUUCCCCAGCCUUCCCGGAAGGGCAGACAAAGCCUGGCCUGGGUAUAACUAGUGUUUGCUCUGCCCUGGGGACAAGGGAUCUUGGUCAGUGCAUCUGCCCAUCCCGAGCCUCAGUUUCUUCAUCUGCAAAAUAGUGACCAUAAUUCCACCACCGCACAGCCUGGAGAAGAGGAAGCCAUGAGAUUAUGCCAGCAAAGUGCCUUACGGUCAAUAUGGAUUUGUUACUGCAACAAUUACCGUGGUCUCUAGUGAGGUAGUGAUGGCACUCGCUAGCUUGCAGGCUUUUUAUGAGGAUAAAAUAAAAUGCCACAAGGUAGCUGUCAUAUAUUCAUUCUGCAGGUAUUUUUGGAGCACUUGUAUGCCGGGUCCUGAAGCAGGCACUGGGGCUACAGCAAUACAUGCAACGCAUGCCGAAGGACACGCGCACCCUAUAGAGAUGAUAGCAGGCUGUUCUCCACUUAGUGAGUGUCUUGUGGCAGUGGGCUGCAUUGCCUGGACAGGCUGGAAUGUCCCCUAAUUUACAGCUGGGGAAACUGAGGCCUGAGCUGGGCCCUUCUCCAGCAUCUGAUGCUGCCUCAAGAGCUGCACUUCUCUUGGACCUCCUGAGACAGCCUCUUAAUUCAUACCACCAUCCUGGGCACAGCUGCGGUUCUUGCAGAAAUAAAGUGCACAGGCUUUGGGGGUGGUGACAGCCGUGUCACAGGGCUGUCAGGCCCUUUGGAGAAGACGGGAGCUGCUGUCUUCCCCACAGGCAGGACGCUGACUUGGACCUCCGAGCCUUGGGAGUCACAGAUGCAAGCCAGCCCUUCUGUUCCAGGAGCACAUGGGUGAAGCGGGGGUGUGUCCAGAGAGGGCAGCCUCAGGCCCGAGACCCCAGUGCUCUGGUGGCCUCUGAAACUCUGCUGUGAGCCAGGCUGGGCCCUCCUGGGUGGACUCCAGGAGCUGAACAGGAGCUGGGGGCACCAGGAGCUGUGCUCGCCCCUACCUCCCGCCCUUUCUUUAAGGGAGGCGCAGCCUGUGCUGCACUGGGCUAGGUUCCCAGGUAGAAGACACUAGCCCUGAGUGGAAACCCUGCCUGGGAACUUGAUUUUUCCAUAAUAUUUGAGGAAAUGGGUGGAGACAGGAAAAGAAAUGUUCACAGUAGUCCAGGAUAGGGUGAGGAGGGAAGCUGGUCCUCUCACAGGAGGUCAGGGGAUGGCCAGCCCUCGGCAGGGCCUCCAUCAGAUGAACCCACUGGCUGCUCUGUCCACUGAAGGGCUGGAGGUUGGAGUCCUUCACUGGGGUGGCGGGGAUGUUGGCUGAGGCUGUGAAUCCGUGUGAGUACAGCCUAGGUACCCAACCCAGGCCUUGUCCAGGGAGAGGGGCUGUGGCGCCUGCUGCCCCCUAAAGCUCCCCGUCCUCCCUCAGCCUGCUCCGCUGGUCUCCGAAGGUGCUGGACGGCAGCCCCUGGACUGGGUGUGGCGCGUGCCGUGGUCUCUUCUCCCCAGUGGAUGUUCCCCGAAAGUGACGCACACACAAUUCUCAUGUGUGCCGGGGGGAUGUGUUUGUUUGGGUGAGAGGACUCAGCUCCAGUUCUAAGGAGAGAGGGAUCAGGAGGGCUUGUCUGGGGAUUCGGCUCCUGAAGGUCCUAUUCUUGGUCUCUUUGUCCCUCCCACAAGCAACAGUUUUUUUGUUUUUGUUUUUGUUUUGAGAUGGAGUCUUGCUGUGUCGCCCAGGCUGGAGUGCUGUGGUGCAAUCUUGGCUCACUGCAACCUCCGCCUCUGGGAUUCAAGCAAUUCUCCUGCCUCAGCCUCCCCAGUAGCUGGGGUUUCAGGCGUGCACCACCAUGCCACCAUGCCUGGCUAAUUUUUAUAGUUUUAGUAGAGACAGGGUUUCACCAUGUUGGUCAGGCUGGUCUCAAACUCUUGACCUCGUGAUCCACCUGCCUCAGCCUCCCAAAGUGGCGUGAGUGAUUUUUUAAUAGAAAAGUGAAUGCUUGGGGGUUGGCUUGAAAGAUGCUUUUAUCUCUGAACCCCAGGGCAGACUCAGGUGCCCCAAGGUAAUUGUUCACCUGCCAGGCUCCCUGGGGCUCCUUGUCCAGUCCUGGAUGGAAGGGUCAGGCUCAGACCCACCUUCCCUUUUGGUCCCUGAGCAGAGCCCCUGCUGAGUAGUGGGUCUAAAGAAUGAGGAAGAGACUGGGUGUGGUGGCUCACACCUGUAAUCCCAGCACUUUGGGAGGCUGAGGCGGGUGGAUCACCCGAGGUCAGGAGUUUGAGACCAGCCUGACCAACAGGGAGAAACCCUGUCUUUACUAAAAAUACAAAAAUUAGUCGGGACUGGUGGUGUAUAACUGUAAUCGCAGCUACUCGGGAGGCUAAGGCAGGAGAAUCACUUGAACCUGGAAGUCGGAGGUUGCAGUGAGCAGAGAUCACACCACUGCACUCCAGCCUGGGCAACAGGGUGAGACCGUGUCUCAAAAAAAAAAAAAAAAAAAAAAAAACCAGAAUGAGGAAGGUACUGCUGGCAAUGCUGGCGGAUGGGAAUGGGAGGGAACCAAGCCAUGUGCCGCUUCUGGUGCAGCUGGGAAGCCAUCAGAUGGAUGGGCAUGGAGGGGGCUACAGACAAGCCAUCGAUCAUCCCUGUUUAGGGGAGUCAUCUUGCUCUUUGGGGUGCUGGAAAUCAAGGGCUUAGAACAGAUAGGGCUCUGUGUUUAUUCAGAGCCACACUUCACCAGUGGGGCAUUGGUGAUGACGUUCAUCUGAUGGCCGUUCAUGUGGCUGGAAAGGGAGACUGUCUGUAGACACUCGGCUGGUGCUCCAUAAACCUGUGCUGCCUUUCUGCGGUGAAAAGCUGGAUCCUCUGUGUUGGGGGGAGAGUGGCCUGGGGCUUGGGCUCUCCGCUGAGGUCCCGAAUGGGUCCACAUGGUUGUCGUUCAUCAGUGGUGGCAGGUGGACUAUAGAUCAGGGAGAUGGAAAACUCCUAGGGUCCAGACUGUGGCUAUGACCUUUCUGGAUCUACCUAUAGCCAUUGAAAAUUAUUUGCUUUAAAUUUGUCAUUAUGCAGAUCUGAGAGAUGUAUCCACAUAUCCGAGAUUUGUCCAAGUGGUAGCAUGAUGGCUUGUGCAGUAGUAUACAUGCAUGUAUGUGCACACACACAUGCACAUGCACACACACGUGUGCACACCACACACACACACACACACACACAGUCUUUCCAAUUAGCUGUAUAGGAAUGAUCAAAGGAGAACCUUCCAUGCCCCAUGAGAACUGCCAAAGAAAUGGAGUGAGCCGAGUGAGCUGGCGGGGUUGAGUGUGCACAGGUGUGCCUGAGUGUGCAUGUCCGGAACCAUCCUCGUGGCUGUGAGAACCUGGAGCAGGGUGGUGAAGGCUCAGGGCAGCUGGAAACAUGCUGUAAGGGGAACUGCAGUCUCAGCUGGGAGGCAGAAUUGGAUAAUAGGAGGUGGGUUGGACAGCGUCCCCUGGGGAAAGAAUUAAGGACUCCCCUCUUGUUUUCUCGGAAGUGUUUGGAAGGGAAGGCAGACAUUGAACCAAUCGGCUGCCUGGAAGGAAGCGACCUGGGAAGCCUGGGACACCAAGUCAGGCCUGGGAGACCUCCGCUCCCUCUGGGCCCCUGGCGGCUGAGUGUUGCCAAGGUGGCCGAAGUGGGGAGAGGCCAGGCAGGGGCAAGGGCAGAGGGCAUGGGGUGGUAUCCAGUGGGGCCCUGUGGCCGUCUACCCAGCCGGGCUGUUUUCUCUUCUUCCCCAUGUUGCUGGGGAACCUUCCAAUCAGGCUAAUCCUGGCCUCUUGGUCCAAAACCCAAACACGGCGGGCCCCUCCCUUCCUUCCUGUUAGACGUGCUCCUCCGGCAGGGGUGAGGGAGAGGGUGGGAAUGGGGACCCUCGACGCCCUUCCUAGAGGGGGAUUCUGAUACCUUCUCUUAGUGUGCAUGCAGGCACAAGGAUCUGCAUGGAUUUCUUUCUUUUUAUAAAAUAAGCAAUAUCAAAGAUGCUCUCAGCAAUGGAGAUGAAAAGGUACAGCGGCCCCGUCUGCCCCCUUCUUGUGCUCCUUCCCCCCAGGAUUCAUUAUUGUUUUUCUAGAACAAGAAGGAAAGAGUUUUAUUUGUAGGAGCAAGCUUUUUUUUUUUUUUUUUUUUUUUGCCCUUAAUGAUGUGGUGGGUAGUGGUGGUAGCAUGUUUUUAUUUUAUGUUAUUUUUUAUCCCUUGCUGCUUUGGGGAGGGUGGCAGUGUUUGAGUUUGGGGUGCGGGUGUUGGGGAAGGAGUUCUCUUGGAGAGGAGUGAGGAGAGCAGAUGUUACUCCCCCAUGUCUAGAAGGUGGGGGGAGGGCGGUGCUGCUCAGGAGGUGAGGAAGGACCCGAGUUAUGUAAGAGCUUCGAGGAGGCGGCUUGGCGGACUAGACAGAGCCUGAGGAUGCAGGCUUGCGCCCUGAGCCCUGGGGAAGGCAGCCGGGUUGAAAUUCUGUCUCUGAGAAGCUAACAGUCUUCUGUGGUCGCUGCUCCUCCCCAGCAGCCCCCUCCUUGCCAAGGACGGUCCAGAAGGAGCCCCACUGGGGCCUCCCCGCACAGCAAAGCAGACCUCACCUCCCACUACCAGCGUGAAGUCAGAACAGCCAGAGGAAAUUCUGCCACCAUUUUCCCGGAGCUGGUCUGCAGCCCCUCCAGCUGGGAACCUGCUCCUGAAUCAUCCCUCUGCAAACAGAGAGCCCAGAGUGCCUCGGGGAAAAUUGGCUGAAUAAAAGGUAU